AUGCUCCGGAGACAUGCCCGAGAGAGACGGGACUACAUCUAUCGUCGCGCUCUUCAACUUCGAGAUGCCAGCAUUGCCGAGAAGCGUGCGCUCCUCAAAAAGUCCCUGGCCACCGGCAAGCCUCUAGAUCCCUCCGUCGCAAACGACAAGUCCCUUCGAAAAGACUUCAAGUACGAUGAAACUCUGGACCCCGAGACUGCCGCCGCGCAAGACUCUAUCGACGAUGAAUACUCAAUGCUUUCCGGCUUGUCCGAUCCUAGGCCGCUUGUCACCACCUCGCGAAGCCCUUCAACCCGCCUGAGUGCCUUCUCCAAAGAGAUUCGACUCCUCCUGCCCACCGCGAUCCGACUGAAUCGUGGCAAUCUCAUCCUCCCGAACCUGCUAUCCAGUGCCAAAGCCGCCGCGCUGACCGAUAUCAUUCUCCUCCACGAACAUCGAGGGACUCCGACAGCCAUGACAAUCUCGCAUUUGCCCCACGGUCCUACCGCCUCUUUUUCUCUCCACAACGUUGUUUUACGGGCGGACAUACCUGAUGCGGCAAGAGGCACUGUGUCGGAGUCAUACCCACAUCUGAUUUUCGAGGGAUUCACGACACGACUGGGAAAGAGAGUGAUUCAGAUCCUCAAACAUCUUUUUCCACCACGCGACGGCCCUCACAAGGUGGGGAAUCGAGUAGUUACGUUCAAAAAUGUCGACGACAGCAUUGAGGUUCGGCAUCAUGUCUUCGUUCAGACCGGCUAUCGUGACGUGGAGCUUGCUGAAGUCGGGCCUAGAAUGACAAUGAGAUGCUUUGAGAUAAAAGGGGGCACACUGGAGAAGGAUUCUGGUGGUGAAGUGGAAUGGGCCUUGACACAAUACACCCGGACAGGACGGAAGAAGAAUUAUCUAUGA